AACUGAAUCAUACUCUUUUUGUUUGUGUAAUUCAGAUUAUUGCCAGCAGGAGGUGCUUAAUUCCACCCGGACGGCAGACAAGCAGACAACAAUCAACCAACCCCAGUCAGAGUCAGAAUGGACACAGAUCUGAACUCCACCAUCUCCGCCUUUCUGUCAAAUUGUGAGGAUAACCAACUGUUCCGGUUGACGAGAUUCUACAAGGAGCGACUGGAGCAGGCGAUUGAGGAGGGUGUGGAGGGAGUCAGCUUCAUGUUAAUGGGCGAGGAUCACUUCUCCGGGCCAGAGUAUCACAGCGUGACUGAGCUCGCUGAGAAGGGAAACCGAGCGGGCGCUUCCAAACUCCUCCUGGAUCUGGUGAUGGAGAAGGGCUCCGGGGCCCGGAGGGUGAUGUGGGAAUCCUUUCUGAAACUACAUCACCAUUUACCGAAGCUGAGCAGAAUAUUGAAUGAAAUACGGGAGCGAGGUGACGGCCAGUUCGCCUACAUGGACACUGAGCGGGGUUUAUCUGAAGUGCCCGCGCAUCUGAAAGAUGUUCGAAGGAAACACAUGGAGACUCUGCGGGCACAAACUGAAACACUGAGAGUGAACACGAUCUUGAUGAGGGAGAAGGUGAAGGUUUUCCAGCUGGUUGAUCGAUACGCUGAGCUCACGGUCAUUUCUACUGUUCGAGAUCGGAGACUGGUGGAACAUGAGCUGCUGGCAAGAGGCAGAGACCAUGAGGACUGGAGAGAAAAACAUCUCCGUGGUAAGCUGGAAAAAAUCCGGACUGAUCAGUUAUUCAAGAGGAGUUUUGUUCAGAAAUUGAAAAGAUCUGUCUUUGGAAACAAAUCCGGGAUAUCCGCAGCAGUAGCCAGAGUCCCAGGGAUCGGGAAAACAACAAUGGUACAAAAGAUUGUUUAUGAUUGGGCCACGGGGAAGAUAUACCAACAGUUCCAGUUUGUCUUCAGUUUCAAAUUCCGGGAUUUAAAUGCCAUUAACUGCAGAAUAAACCUGAAAGAACUGAUUCUGGAUCAGUAUCCUUACUUUGGGAAUUUACUGAAAGAGGUCUGGAAGAACCCAGAGGGAUUGUUGUUUAUAUUCGAUAGUUUGGAUGAAUUCAAGGACACAAUCAGUUUUGUUGAUGGUCGGAGAGACACAGAAGCACAAUACACAGAUCCUGAAUUCAAGUGCAAGGUGUCAGAUAUUGUGUUCAGUUUAAUCCAGGGCAAGCUGCUCCCAGGGUGUUCAGUGCUGGUGACCACCCGUCCCACUGCUUUACAUUUACUGGAAAAGGCUGAGAUCAGUGUCUGGGCUGAAAUCCUGGGAUUUGUUGGUGAGGAAAGGAAGGAAUAUUUCAUCAGGCAUUUUGAAGAUCAGACGGUGGCAGCAGCUGUUUUCAAACAUGUGAAGGAGAACGAGAUCCUGUACACCAUGAGCUACAACCCCUCCUACUGCUGGAUCCUCGCUCUGGUACUGGGCCCCUUCUUCACACAAAGAGUCAGGGACCCGCAGCGAGUUCCCAAGACCAUCACCCAACUGUACUCCUACUAUAUUUACAACAUCCUGAAAAACCACGUCCGUGAGAUUGAGAAUCCCCGUGAUGUGUUACUCAGGGUUGGUCAGAUGGCCUUCAGAGGAGUGUCCGAGAUGAAGAUUGUGUUUACAGGUGUAGAUUUGAUCAACUACAAACUGCAGCCUUCCCAGUUCCUGUCCGGGUUCCUGAUGGAGCUUUUGGAGAGAGAGGAUUCUGCCCGGAGCGUGGUGUACACAUUCCCACACCUCACCAUCCAAGAGUUUGUAGCUGCAGUCGCACAAUUCCUGAAUCCACAUCCCGGGGAUAUCCUGAAAUUCCUCACUGAAGCCCACAACACGACCGAUGGGCGAUUUGAUGUAUUUCUCCGUUUUGUUGCUGGUCUCUCCAACCCAAUGACAGCUCGGGGCCUGGAGGAGGUUCUGGGUCCAUUUCCGCAUCAAACAACCUGCCAGGUGAUUGACUGGGUGAAGGAGGAGGUUGAACGGCAGAGUGGUAAAAGGAGCUUCCUGAACGCAUUGCACUUCCUGUUUGAGACUCAGAAUCGUGGACUGGCUCAGGCCGCACUGGGAUCUGUGGAUACACUUUCAUUCAGUGGAAUGACAUUGACCCCGAUUGACUGCGCGGUCCUGUCUCAUGUCAUCGGACUCUGUGAUACAAUAAAACACCUCAACCUGGGGAACUGCCACAUUCAGUGUGAAGGAAUCCAGCGGCUGGGGCCUGGGCUGCACAAGUGCCAGGAGUUGAGCCUUGGGGGAACUGGACUGGGCGAUUCAGGAGUGAAACUGGUGUCUGCGGCUGCGAGGAACCCGGAGUGUAAAAUACAGAAACUGGUGCUGAGGGAUGUCGGUCUCACAGAUUCUGGUGCCGAGGAUCUCGCCUCUGCUCUCAGAUCAAAUCCAUCACUGAUGGAACUGGACCUGAGUUAUAAUAAACUGGGAGAUUCAGGAGUGAAACUGGUGUCUGCGGCUCUGAAGAACCCGGAGUGUAAAAUACAGAAACUGUGGCUGGAAAAUGUCAGUCUCACAGAUUCUGGUGCCGAGGAUCUCGUCUCCAUUCUCAAUACAAACCCAACACUGACGGAGCUGAAUCUGAGUGAGAAUAAACUGGGAGAUUCAGGAGUGAAACUGGUGUCUGCGGCUCUGAGGAACCCGGAGUGUAAAAUACAGAAACUGGUGCUGGAAAAUGUCAGUCUCACUGAUUCUGGUGUCGAUGAUCUCGUCUCCUCUCUCAGUGCAAACCCAUUACUGAUGGAUCUGUACCUGGGAUCAAACUCGCUGACAGACCGAUCUGUCCCCUCUCUCCUCCACCUCAUACUGACCCUCCCGAGUCUGGAGUGGAUAGGGUAAGUAUUUGUGUUAAUGUUCAAUGUGAUAAAAUAUCAGCGGAUCCGCGGGUUUUCUGGUGAUAUUUGUCUGUGAGUUUUGAAACAUUAACCCCGGUCCCCUGUUACUGACACUGUUGUGUAAUCUGUUUAUUUCAUCUUUAUUCUCCCAUCUGUUUCAGGCUGGGGGGGAAUCGGUUCAGUGAGACCGGGGAGAAGGAAAUGGGCUCACUGCAGGGAGUGAGACCCGGACUGACAGUGCGGAUCUGAACAUUUGAAUGUGUGAACAUCCUGGCCCACAGGAUGGGGACAUUUAGCCGAUUUCCCACUGUCCACUUUAACUCCCCGUUCACCUUUAAUGUCAGCGCGCUGGGGGUAAUUCCCAGCGGUUUUAACGGAAUCGGCCCCAGUCUCGAGCUCAGUAACAUCGGAAGUGGUCCCGCAUUCACGUAUUUCCGCCUGCUGUCCAGCGGUGCAGCUUCUGCCCGAUGUGCGUGUUCGAGUCUCCCCACAUGAGACCCCGGGAAAUUACACAGACAGGAGGAGCCGGGGUGUGGGGGGACCGGGAUUCAAUCUGGUACACCGGUAUCCCGGGGUAGAAUAAUCCUGGGAGAGAAUCCUUUUGCUCCCUUUGCUGAGGACAGUGCAUUCAGCAGCCUGGCCGAUAUAAUGAUGUUAAAUUGACAAAUCCCUCGUCAGUGACCCUGGAUCUGCAGCGAUCUCGGACACGGUUCUGAAGUGUGAUUUUAUAAUCAUCGGUUCCCCGAUGAAGAGUGACGGUGAGAAACGGGACUGAUUAUUCAAACUGUCACUCCUUGUCGCCGGUCAGUUAAUUGUGUGUGACUGUGAGUGAGUUGGGAGCAGCUUAUUUAUUCCCGCACGUCAGCAGCUCACACAUUGUUUCAUUUAUAUUUGUCAUGAUGAAAUCAAUAAACUGAUGUAACUUUC